AUGUCUAUCUCGAUGUCUAAAUCUGAGCCUGCGCCUGAGUCCGUGCCUCUUACACCAGGAAUCCACCUCUUGACUGCCUCGACGCCCGACGCCGCGGCCAUACUCGACGGGAUCGUGCACAUCCAUGCCUCGUGUAUCUUGAAUGAUGGCACGCUGGCUACGUUUCUGCCUCCGCUGUCGCACGCGCAGAUCUAUCGGUGGUGGGAGGAGCGGUUGAGAGAGGUCGGGCGCGGCGAGCGACAUAUUCUCAUUUGUCUGUCGAGCGUCCGGGAGCGCACUGUGACGACUACGAAUACGCCCUCGCCGCCGUGGGACGCCAAUGGGAGACCGUGGCCUGUCAUACUGUCUCCCUCGACAGGGUCUCUUGGAGGGACCAAGAUCACUACUACGAGUACGCCCGAAAAUCCCACAUCUACAAACCCCACGAACCCAGAGCAACAGCAGGAGCAAGAGCCAGAACCAGAGCAAGAACAUCUCGACCUCUCCGGCGUCGUCACGCUCGCGACGCCCUUCUCGCAGACGGGGCCCUUCCGCGCCCUCGUCGAGAAACUCUUCGUCUCCCCACUCCACCGCCGCCGCGGCAUCGCCACGCGGCUGAUGGCGCGGCUCGAGCGCGUCGCCGUCGCCCACGGCCGGUGGAACCUCAUGCUCGACACCGAGGUCGGAUCCGGCGCCGAGCUCGUCUACCCCAGGCUCGGGUACGAGAGGCUCGGCGUCGUGCGGGAGUACGGGUUUUCGCCGCGCGACGGGAGGUUGGUGGACGAGGUGUGGUUCUGGAAGGAUCUGAGGGCUGUCAAGGACAAGGAGACGAAGGAGAAGGAGAAGGAGAAGGGAUCGGGAUGA